AUGUCAGAAAAAGAAAAUCAAGAAAAAAGAGCUGCCAAUCUCUCAGUUGGAUUGAUCUUCUUAAAUUUAUUAGUACUGGUUGGAGUAGGUUUAGCGUUGGGACUAUCAUGGUAUAAAAUCAAAGAAGGACCUCAAUCAAUUAUAUAUGAUAGCUUUAAGGUUACCAAUAAAAUUAGUAUAGGUAGCUAUUGGGCAAGAGAAUCCUCUGAAUAUUAUAUCAAAAACUUUUCGAGAUAUUCUAAUGCUAAGGAUAUCCAGAUUUUUAUUGUAUGUGGAGCGUUCCAAGUGGUAGGUGGUAUUUUAGCUCUGGCUACCGGUAUCUCCCAUUUUAUUACUCGUAGUCCAGAGAGAGCAUCGCUUUCUCUUUAUAUGAAUCUAUUUUUUGCAGUAGCCAACUUCCUCUGCCAAGCAGUCAGUUUUUUUACUGUUUUCGGUAUAACCUCAGCAUAUAAGAGCAUGGCAAGUUAUUGUGAAGACUAUUACUGCAAAUCAUUCGCUGGCUCCAGCGAUGAAAUGAAAUGGGGUCCAGAGAUAGGAUUCUACGGUGCAGUCAUUGCAUUUGUUUUCUCACUGAUCAGCGCAAUCCUGACAUUUAUAAGAGUAAGAAUUCUUUUGGCAACAUUGACACUCAACAACCCAGUAGCACUUUCAACAUAUCCACAAAAACAACAACAAAACUACUAUGCACCGGGACAAGCUCAACCACAGCAACCAUACCAUCCACCCCUACAACAACAACCAUACCGUCCACCUCAACAACCACAACAACCAUACAACAACAUGGUAAUUCCAUCCAAUCUUGUUGCUGAAGAGAAAGCAUGGUAUAAAUUCAAACCAAUCAGUUCUCCAGUGAUGGGUCCAAAUAACAGCGUAUCAUACAUUACCCAGCAUGUACUUCAACAACACGACCCAUCUAAUCCAACUCGCCAGCCAGUCUUGCCAACCGGUCCAAACAACAGACUACCAGACGGUGUCAGCAUUCCACAUAACAUCCCAGUUGAUCCCAAUCUUUGGUAUUACUUUACCACUCAGAACACACCAGUCAUGGGUCCAAACAAUGUUCCAUCACAUUAUAUUGCACAAAAAGUAUUGACUGUAUUCUACCAACAAAAAUCACCAGCUUCUGAAACCACCACAAUCUCUGUUCAACAAAAACCUGAAGAAAACGACAAUAAUUCUGAAUCAUCAGAAAAUCCACCACCCUAUACAUCUAAUAAUAAUAAUAGUGAAGAAGGAUCCAGCUCUGAAAAUGAAAUAAAGAAAAAUAACAAUAAUAAAGAUAUAGAUAGUGAUAAUGAACAUUAUGAAAAUGACGAUGACAUAUUCGAAAUGAUGAUGAAUGGAGGCAAUAAUGAUGAGAAACAACAAUCUAGAAAUCGUGGUGAUGAUCCUAAGCACUUUAUCAAGCAGAUUCUUAAAGAGAAAAAGAAGUUUCAACAGGAGCUAGAGAAGAAGGCUGGUCACACUGAUAUCAGGUCGUUCAUCAGUAACAAGAAGAGCAGUGUAGUCAGUUCAACAAAUGUUGGUAAUGCCAACAGCAACAACAACAGUAACACUAAAACCAAUAUUAAAAUACAACUGCCGCAAUCACCAUUUCACGGAAACAAUUUACUGCCACCUCAAACCAUCAGUGGUUUCGAUAUAGAAGAAGAGGAGGUAGAAGAUGAAUACGACUCUGACAAACAUUUCAAUGAGAUGCGUAAAGAGAAACAAGCUAGAAAAGAGAUGGUCGAGAAAUCAAAAAUAGAGAAUAUGAUAGCAAAGAAAUCAACAUCAACAACCAAUAUUAACAACUAUAAAGACGACAAGAAUAAAAAAGAAACCAAAGUCAUCAGCAAUUCUACAAGAAAAUCAACAGAUACUACUAAAAAGAAAUCAAAUACAACAAUAGACAGCAAACAUAAAAUCAACAACAACAAUAAUAAUAAUAAUGAUGACGAUGACUUUAUCGAUAAAAGUAGCAUAUAUAGAAAUUUAAAAACCUCAAACUUGUACGAUAAUAGUAUUCAAACAUCAACAACGAGUUAUAAAGAUAAUAACAUAAACAAUAAUAAACUUUUUGUAUCGCCAACCAAUAGCCAAGAAAGCGAAAUAAAUAAUCAUUUUAGUCUAUUUACAGAAGAGGAAGAAGUCUUUCCAUUAAGUAAUCAUAAUAAACAAGAUAAUAAGAGCAAUAGUAAAAACAAUAGUAAUAAUAAUAAUAAUAAUAGAGAUAGUAAAAAUAAUGUUUUGGUUAUUUCAUCUGAUAGUGAUGAAUGGUGUUGGUCACAAACACCGUCACCUUCCAAUGUAAAUUUAAAAUCUUCACAAACAUCAAACUUGGAUGAUGAUAUUGAUAAUAAUAAUAAAACUGUAAAUAAUUAUAAUAAUAGUAACAACAAUAGCAACAAUUUUAAUAUAAAAGGGAAUUUCGGAUUUAAAACAAGUGACAGAAGAUCAUCGACGUACGACAACGAAAUAGAGGAGAAGAUGAGUAAAGUUCAACACUACAAGGAUUUGAUUGAUUCACUUCAAAAUCAACUGCAUCAAUCAACAUUAGCACUGAGACGAGAAUUAAAAGAUUUGGAUGAUCUUUACGCGCUGAAAGAGAAAGAAGCUGAAGAAAGAGAUAACUGA